AUGGCGACUCCAGGUGGAAUCCCGGAUGAAACCCCCAGCAAGAUAAGUUCUUAUGUGGAUGAAAAAGCUGAGGCGCACAAUGAGCCCUCAAGCGUCUUAUCGGAAUCCCACAAAACCUACUUGGUUGAGCGUCAUGGCAGACUCGACCUUGAUCCAAUUCCCAGUAUGGAUCCAGCUGAUCCAUACAACUGGCCCUCGUGGAAGAAAGUAACCAAUCUGUGCCUCGUCGCCUUUCAUGCUUGCAUGGGCACAUUCACCGCCGCAGCCAUUAUUUGUGCCUACGAAAAUAUCGCUCUAGAUUUGGGCGUUUCCAUCCAGCGAGUCAGCUACCUCACCUCGUUGCAGAUUGCUGUUCUUGGUGGUGCUCCGUUGUUCUGGAAGCCGCUCUCUAGCCGAUAUGGUCGACGCCCCGUAUUCCUCUUGUCGUUGAUGUUGAGCUGCGUAUGCAACAUAGGCUGUGCCAAGAGCCCAGACUAUGCCUCCAUGGCAGCCUGCCGUGCCUUGGUAGCCUUUUUCAUUUCUCCUGCCAUGGCUAUCGGUAGCGGUGUUGUCACGGAGACAUUCUUCCGCCAUGAAAGAGCGCGGUACAUGGGAAUUUGGACAGUGAUGGUGACGUUGGGAGUUCCAAUUGGACCCUUUAUAUUUGGAUUUGUUACCCAACGGGUUGGAUACCGUUGGAUCUACUGGAUUCUGGCUAUCACCAAUGGUGUCCAAUUCAUCCUAUACCUCUUCUUCGGGCCCGAAACCCGCUACAUUGGCGACGACGUCCAGAGUAAAGCUUCUGCGUUCAAGCGCGAGUACACAUCCCUCCGCCGAAUCGAUCCCACCCCUUUCAAGUUUUCCGAAUUCUUCCACCCCCUCACCCUAUUCACCAAUAUUCCUGUUCUCCUUGCUGCGAUCGCAUACUCCAUGGUCUUCCUAUUUGCCUCGGUGAUGGGCUCCGUCGAAGUCCCCCAACUCUUGCAAUCCAAGUUCGACCUAGAUGCCCAACAACUUGGUCUCCAGUUCCUGGGCCUGAUCAUCGGCUCUUUGCUGGGUGAACAACUGGGUGGCUUCAUGUCCGAUAUGUGGAUGAAUGCUCGCGCCAAACGCAUUGGCCGGAAGCCUGACCCAGAAUACCGAUUAUGGCUGAGCUAUAUCGGGUUUUUGGUGACCAUUGCUGGGAUGGUUGUCUUCUUGGUAUGCACCGAACAGGCGAAACAAGGCCAGUGGACGGUCACACCGGUUGUUGGUACGGGUAUCGCAGCGUUCGGAAAUCAGGUCGUUACUACUGUUAUGACUACUUAUGCUGUCGAUACCUAUCCCCAAGAUGCUGGCAGCGUUGGUGUAUUCAUUAACUUUGUUCGCUCGACAUGGGGAUUUAUCGGUCCUUUCUGGUUCACCGAUUUGUUCGACAGCGUUGGCAUCGCGAAGAGUUCUGGUGUGGCUGCGGCAUUGAUCAUGGGCGCCAGCUUCAUCCCUACUGCGCUUCUACAUUGGAAGGGAGAGGAAUGGUACAGCCAUUAA